AUGCUAGAAUUGGACAAUCGUAUUAAAGCUUACAAAUUUAUCGGUUAUUUCGCUUUCUUUUUUUCCUUCCUGGCUAUUUUAUCCAUUUGCAUAACAUUACCGUUGGUUUAUAAUUAUGUUCAUCAUGUACGACAACAAAUGAAUAAUGAUAUUUUAUUUUGUAAGAGCUCUGUAAAAGAUACUUGGAUGAAAGUACAACAGCUACGAAACAAUCCAAUAGAGAUGCUAAAUCGAACAGCUCGUCAAGCUGGUUAUGGAGAAAUGCCACAGCAAGCACCGCCACCAGAAAUUAGUGGCGGUAAUUGUGACGAGUGUUGUCAACCGGGUCCUCCCGGUCCAGAAGGACGACAAGGAAAACCGGGCAAACAAGGGCGUCCUGGAGCUCCUGGACGCCCGGGAAAUCCGGGAAGACCACCACCACAAAUAUGCGAACCAAUAACUCCACCACCGUGCAAGCCAUGUCCUCGUGGGCCACCGGGUGAACCUGGCCCAGAAGGACCAAUGGGAGAAAUGGGACCACCAGGACAACCAGGAGAUCCUGGACCUGAUGGGCCAAUGGGAGAACAAGGCAUGGAUGGUCCGGAUGGUGAACGAGGUCAAGUAGGACCUCCUGGACCGCCUGGUGAACAGGGUAUGGAUGCACCAAAUGAGACACUUCAACCAGGAAUACCUGGUCCUCCAGGUGAUGAAGGGCCAAAAGGACCACCAGGACGAGCUGGGAAACCAGGCAAAGAUGGAGCACUCGGACCACAAGGACCCAAAGGAAAUCCUGGUAUAGAUGGUAAACCAGGUAAAGAUGGAAAUCGAGGUGAACAAGGACCACCUGGCAAACCUGGUCCACCUGGUGAAAGGGGUAUCUGUCCGAAGUACUGUGCAAACGAUGGUGGUAUUUUCUUCGAAGAUGGUUCACGUCGUUAA